GUGCUGCGCCGCUCCGUCGAGGAGUUGGAGGGCCAGAGCGCCGCACACCUCGAGGCACAGCGCCGGCUCCAGAACGACUGCAGGCACUUGCGGAGCGCCCUCAAACAGCGCGAGCAGGCAGAGCGGAACCUCCAAGCGGCCCUCAAUGAGCAACAUCGGCUGCGAUUGGUCAGCGUGGAGGCCGAGCGACGCCAGAGCCAGAGCAUUGACGAGACUUCUGAGAUCUUCGAGCCAUUGCAGUCGUUGCCACGGCUGCCUUUGGGAGGUUUCAGGUCCAACGGCUUCGUGGAGGCAGACAUGACGAGCCGUCGCACGAGCAAAGCCUCCUCCGUGCUGACUGUCGACAUGACGGCUGAUACCUGA